CAAUUUGCAUAUUGUAAAUUUAUUGGAGCCAAAUUCAUUGCAUAAAAAUUUCUUUUUAAUUCCAUAUGAUGCUUUUUGGGUAAACAAAUAUAAAAAAACAAAAACGAAGAAAAUAUUGUGACGAACGUGCAAAAAUUUAAUAAUUAUUUUAACUUACAUUACAAAAUAAGAAUAUUAAAUUAGCAUUCUAAAAUAAGAAAUUUUUAAGAAAGAUUACAUUCGGAAAUUCUUUUUAUAAUAAAAUCAUAAAAAAAUGAUGGCACUUGAUGGCAAAACAAUUAUCAAAGAAGAAAUUCCCGAUAAGGAAGUUUACGAAAUUACAGCAAAUAAUAACAAUCGCAGAAUAAAAUCUGCUAACGGUACCAAAGAUAAUUGCCGUACAACACCAGAUUCUCCUGAAAGUGCUCGUGCUAUUGCACCCCGCUCACCUAUGUCACCACAAAUACACCAUUCAUCGUCAUCAUCAUUGGCGCCCCCGUUACCAACACAAAGACCAACUCGUAAUUCUAGCUCAUCGCCAGUUGUAAAUGGCGCAACAACAACUCCACCACCUCCAUCGUCUCAAACACAACAGCAAACAAAUUCGAAUAGUAAUGGUAGUAAUAAUACAGGUGCUUUAAAUGGUCCUAUAGCUGGUGGUAAUGGUCCAAUAAGUGCCAGUGCGCUGACAUCAGCUUCAUUAUCACAUUUAGAACAAACAAGAGCAUUAUGUAAAAUACGAAGAUUUUUUGGUUCAUUGAUACAAUUUGGGCAAGAAGCCCACCCAGAAGCCAGUGAUAGAAUACGUGCUCUAGUUUUAUCGUUAGCUAGUGGAGGGAUUUCGAUUGAUGAGUUCCGUAUAACAUUACAAGAGGCUACAAAUUAUCCAUUUAGAUCAUAUGUUAUUCCGUUUUUAAAAAGUCACCUACCAUUAUUGCAAAGAGAAAUAACAACAUUAGCAAGAGCAAAUAACCAAACGACUUUACAAUAUGUUACCACAAAUGAUACAUGUGCAAUGGAAUUCACUCAAGGGCCACCUGAUCAUCCAGAUAUCUUUUUACCAAUUGAAACGGGACCAAGUCCUCUAGCAUUGAAUGGUAGUGCUGGAAAUGGUGGUAAUAGUAAUACAUCAAAUGGUGGACUUAGCGGUUUGGUGUUUAAACGUCGCCCAUCCGAUACAUUAUUGGAUCACCCACAUAAUGGUGGCGGAAGUAUACAAGAUUGGAACGAUUAUAUUUAUCCACCUACUGCAAAACGACAUUAUGCCGGUGAAGCGGGUCGGCCAAGUGGAGGCACUGUUCCUGGUGGUGGAAAUGCAGGUGGAGGAGGUGGCUCGAGUAAUAAUACUUCAAAUCCUGGUCAUGGUCCAACAACACAUAUAGGCUCAACAAAUCCAACAGUAAAUAGUAUUUUUAGCAGUCAGCAUUCAUCAUUAUUUGAAUACCAGCAUGCUGCAGCCGCAGCUGCUGCGGCGGUUAAUUCAUUUCAACGUUCUGUUGCUGAAAAUGAAAGUUUCGGUGCUCUUUUAGACAAGUCAUCUAGUCAUAGAAUUACUGAUGAAAGAGAUUUACGUAUUGGUGGUGGUGGUAGCAGUUUAAGUGGUAGCGGUGGUCUUGGUGGUAUUGGUAGUCUAACUGAAUCGCAAAGAAUUGCAGCAAAUCGAUUAAACAGUAGUGGCGGCGGAAGUGUUGUUGGGAAUAGCGUUGGAGGUGGUAACAGUAGUGGUGAAGAUGAAUGGAAAAAUAUUCAUACAAUGUUAAAUUGUAUAUCGGCAAUGGUAGAUAAGACAAAACGUGCUAUUACAAUAUUGCAACAACGCGGUGUUGAUCCUCAACAAUCAAAUACGUUAAUGAGUGGCAAUAGUGGUGGUAGUAUAAAUAAUAAUUAUUCAGCAGAAAUAGCUGCUGAAAUACGUCGUCAAACUGAAGAAAAAGUAGCAGAAUUAAAAAGAAAUGCUGAAGAAGCUGUUAAUCAGGUGAAACGGCAAGCUGUUGUAGAAAUUCAAAGGGCAGUUGCAGCUGCUGAAAGUCGUGCAGCUGAUAUAAUGGCACAAGAGAGACUUAAAAUGGAAAAAUUUUUUGUCGAUAUGACGAGACAUACAGGUGAUAAUAGAGAUGUUGAAAAUAAAUCUCCAUCGAUAACAACAGGGCAAAGUGCUUGCUGGAAUUGUGGGCGUAAAGCUAACGAAACAUGCUCAGGCUGUAAUAUGGCAAGAUAUUGUGGGGCAUUUUGUCAACACAAAGAUUGGGAACAUCAUCAUCAGAUUUGUGGUAAUACAAGAUCUGAUGUAACAACUGCCGGUUGCCCUCCAAAACAUUCAAGUGCAGUAGCUGUUGCGGCAGCUGCUGCUGCAGCUGUGGCAGCUGUAAGACAAGGACAAAUCGCACGGUCACCUCCUGUAGUAACAAACAGAGAUCGUGAUGUAACUACAACUGUAACACAAAAUUCUGUGAGUGCAAGCGGUGAUCGUAAUGCAGUCGUUAAUUCAACACAAUCUGCAUCAAAUAAUUCAAUUCAAAAUGGUGUUAAUUCUGGUAGUGGUAGUACUGGUUCAAUUGGUGGCUCAAAAUGACGUAUUCGUAUGAUGAAACCGAAGAAAAAAUAUUUGUGCUAGUCAAAUUAAACAAAAAUAAAACAAUAAAAAGGAUAAUAUUAAUGCAUAUUAAUCGAAAAAAACAAGAAAAGAAAAUUAAGUUUAAAAAUAAAUUAAAAAUAUUCUCUAAAUGUAUAUAUAUAUAUAUAUAUAAGUAUAUAUAUACAAUUAUAACAUUAAACAAUUAACAUUAAAUUAAAACAUAAAAAUAUAAUAUAAAUGUUAAGAUAAAUUUGAAAAUGAAAAAUAAAAUUAAUUAAAAGCAUUUAAAAUUACGAAUUGAUAUUUUACAUGUCAAAGUAUGAAUAACAUUUUUUUUAUUUCUUGUUUUUCAUAUGGUAGAGUAUAUUAGCAAUUUAAUAUCACAUUUUUAUUACAGAAAUUAUUUUUCUCUGUAUUAAUUGUAAUAAUUAUACAAAUAAUAGAUUUAGAAUCCAAUUUGAAUUAUCGUCAAUGCAAUAAAUUGCAAUUAUAAGCACCGGAAUGGAUAACUGUUAGUACAUUAAAAAUAAAGAAAUAAGUAAAAUUUUUAUUGAAUUUCCUUGUUUUGUUUUUGAAAAUUAGUCUUAAAUUGGGUGAAAAUUCUAGAAAUCUUGCUUAAAAUAUUAUUUUAUUUAAAUUUUAUCAAAAUCUGCUUUUGUUAGAGAAUAAUUCUUAUGUAGCACUUAUUUUCAAAAUUUUAUAUAAUUCAAAUAUCAUUAUUCAAUCGUAUUUGUAUGUGCAUCUUGUAAUUUCAACUUCUAAAAUUUUAAGUUAAAUCUCGUCCCGUUCUAAAACCUUGAAGUAGUCGAAAUAAAGUCAAACCCAAAUUUUUUGAUUUAUGCAUGUAAUAUUCGUUGUUAAAAUUAAUUUAAUAAAAAAAACAUACA